CGAAUGUUUUUUGGGCAGAGUCACCUUGUGCCGAGUUUACUUCGAUUUCGAUGACUCCCGGCGGUUCAACUGGUGGUGAUCGUCGACGACAAGCCGCGCAAUGGAAUCCACUCAACCCACCGGAAAGCUGUUGCUUGGAUUCCGGCAGAUCGCCCAGGAGAAGCUACAGCACGUAUUUUACUCCAUUCCCUCGGAAAAGGAUUUGAUAAUCGAAUCAGCGCUCAUCAAACCGUUGGAACAUGUCUGCGGGGCCUCUUGGUUGCGAAAGAAGGGGAUUGAUAAGAUCUUCAAGUUCGAUCCCAAGAAUCCACCGCCCAAACGGAAGCAGUUCGUGUACUUUAUCACUUCGAGCCUACUCACGUUCAAGAGUGUGCUGGAUCAGAUCAGUGGUUACCAGAGCCAAACCAGCAGCCUGAUGGAACCAGACAUACGGACCAAGCAGUACCACGUGCUUGUGUUUCCCUUUGUAUUGGCCAGCUUCGAACAGCUGCUAGAGGAGGAGGGUCUGCACGGGAUCGUUGAGCUGUACAACUUUCAGUGGGACUUUUUGCUACUCGAUGACUCCAUCCUGAGUCUGGAGCUGCCGAAUGUGUUUGCCGACGUGUUCGUGCGCCACGAUACCACCCUGCUCGCAUCGAUUGCCCAGAGCGUACGAGUCUUUAAUCUGGUGAUGGGCAAACCCCAUCUCAUCUUUAGUCUUGGGGAAAACGCGGAGAAAAUCCUGCAAAUGGUGCAACGUAUCGAGACAAGCAAAAGGGUGGGAUCGGCGGUAUGUAAACCAGAUGAACCACAGGCUCCAUCAAAGGAACCAGCAUUCUCCACGAUGCUAAUUAUAGAUCGGGAUCGUGAUUAUCCCGCCUGCCUGCUAACGUCCGUCGUCUACAGUGGGCUGCUGGUAGAAAUCCAAACGCUAAACUCAGGGUUUCUAGUGGUGGACGGAGAAAGCAACAAGAUAAAGACGGGUAAACUGGCCGUUUUACGAGAAGACGGCCCUUGGGCGGCAAAGGAGGCUUCGCAAGCUGCUAGUGGCAGCGGUCAGGAGACAUCAAGUUUACGGAUGAGCGGUGCCCAAGAUGCAAUCUAUCUCGAACACAAGUAUCGGCACUUUUCGGAAGUGAUCAGCAUGCUUAGUGCCCAGGCCAAAACGCUCGGACUCGAAGGAAAAGCUUACUCGCGGGAAAUGAAGCUAAACGAAAUGAAAGACUACGUCACGAACAAGCUACCAAAGGUGGCGGCUGCGAAAAGGGAAUUGUUCAAACAUCUGCGCCUCUGUGAAACGAUCGUAGAGGAGAUCGGCGGCAACUUCGAGAAGCAUCAGAUGAUCGAAGAAAGCAUCCUGACCAACACGAACCGAAAGCAAAUCAUGAACUACAUCAUGGAGCUGCUCAGCAGCGAUGCACAUCGCUACAAUACGCUACGAUUGAUGUGUCUCUACCAUGUCACCAUUGGUUUAGUACCGGAAGACAUGACGAAGUUAAUGAUGGGUUACCUGAAUGCAUUCGGGUACGGUAAUCUAACAGUGUUUCACAAUCUCUACCAAGCCAAGCUUUUCCCCGAUACGACGAAUCUCAGCAAAACCAAGAUUUUAUCCCAAAUAUCUAUUCCCACAUUGAAAACGCCGUUCCAACUCGAAGCGAACAAGCUGAAGCAGCUGCCAACAGACACCACUACUGUGGAAGCAACGGCCAGCGGUAACGCAGGGCAGCGGGAAAAUAUUCUUAUUGGUGCGGGCGAAGGAACGGCGGCCCGGGCCGGUAAGGCGUGUCCCAGCUACGUAUUCAACGGGAACUACAUUCCACUGAUCACUCAGCUCACCAGCAUGAUAUUCGGUGCGUCAAGCUUCGACAAUCUAAACGCCCGAUUGGGACAUCUCGAGCGAUUAAAAGUGUCCGGGCGAGCACUGAGUAGUAUAGCAGAACCGCGUCCCAUUAAGGAGCUGGCUGCCAGCAGCCAUAAGACGACGCUGAAUCAACUGCUGCCAUUCCGAGAGAAAACAAUGUUCGUGUUUGUCGUCGGUGGCAUUACGUACGCGGAAAUUGCGGCCUGCCAUCUGCUCGAGCGUACCAUUGGGGCGAAGAUUGUACUCUCUUCCGAUCGCAUUAUCGCCGGUCACGAUCUGAUUCAAAGUGCUGUGCAUUAAGUGUACUGCUGGUUGAGAUUUCGCUCCAACGUCGUCGUUGUAUGCAUUUCGGACAAAAACCGCCAUUAAAACCGAAAUAAAUGCAGUCCUUGACUCCGACAAUCUUC